AUGGCUGUAGUAACUGAAAACUACCAACACCUCUUGGCUUUGAUAUUUGCUGUAAAUCAGAUCAAUGACAAUCCCUAUCUAUUACCCAAUAUUACACUGGGAUUCAACAUUUAUGACAGCUAUUUGAGUGCAAGAUGGACCUAUCAUGCUGCAAUGCAAUUUAUUUCUCCAAAGAACAGAUUUAUUCCCAACUACAGAUGUGAGACUGAAGGCAAUUUAUUGGCAGUCAUUGAGGAACUGAUUUCUGAACUCUCUGUACAGAUACCAAAUGCAUUAUCCAUCUACAAAAUCCCACAGCUUGUAUUUAGCUCUGCUACAGUUGAUAUUGAAAACACCAACCUACUUUCCUCAUAUCGGAUGGUUCCAGAAACCUAUCAGUACACAGCAAUUCUCCAGUUACUUCAGUAUUUCAAAUGGAGAUGGAUUGCAUUCAUUGCUGCAAGUGGGGUGACAUUAGACUGGUUCAUGAAGAUAAUGCUUCCAGAAUUUUCCAAGAAAGACAUCUGUUUUGCUGUUGUAGAGUCAUUUACCAGUUUGUGUGCUUGUUUUGAUUUUGAAAGGUACAAUUUUAUGAAAUGUGCAUUUGAAUUUUAUGAGAAAGUUAUGAGCAGCAAAGCCAAUGUGCUGGUUUUUUAUGGGGACACACACUCUAUGAUACUUCUGAGAUAUUUGCUAAGUAAAGACAUUGAAGGUAUAAUGUCAAAACCAAAAGGCAAAGUUUGGAUUCUGACAGUUGGGAUGGAAUUAAAAUCCUUUGUCAGCAGAAAGAGUUGGGAUAUAGGAGCCUUCAAUGGUGCUAUAUCCUUUGCACUUCACUCCAAUGAACUUCCUGGAUUUGAGCAAUUUCUUCAGAACAGAAAACCUUCAAGUUCUAAUGGAGAUGGGUUCAUCAGAGAAUUUUGGACACAGGCAUUUGGUUGUACUUUUCAGGAUUUGGUUGAGGAUGAUGAUGUGAGUGGAGACACCUGUACUGGAGAGGAGAAGCUGGAAAACCUUCCUGAGCAUGUAUUCCCAAAGAGUGUAACAGGCCAGAGCUACACCAUCUACAAUGCCGUCUAUGCUGUGGCUUAUGCUUUACAUGCUAUGUAUUCAUUCAGAUCUAAAAACAGAGAAAAGAUGAAAAGAAAAAGAAGGGUGCAUCAUAAUCAAUUGAUGUGGCAGCUCCAUCACUUUCUGAAAUCUGUGUCUUUCAACAACACUGAUGAGAGAAAGGUUUGCAUUGACCAGAAAGGGAACCUCAUGGCAGGUUUUGAUAUCAUUAAUUGGAUCACAUUUCCAAACCAAUCAUUCAGUGGAGUCAGAGUUGGAAAAGUGGAUCCCUGGGCUUCUGCAGAUGAGGCAAUCUUCAUCAAUGAGGAAGCCAUUACAUGGCACAGCUGGUUUAAUCAGGCACAGCCCAUCUCCCAGUGUAAUGCCAAGUGUAAACCUGGUUAUAGGAAAAAAAGAAAGGAAGGUGAACCCUUCUGCUGCUAUGACUGCAUUCCAUGUCCAAAAGCCUUCAUAUCUGACAAAGAAGAUUUGGCUGAAUGUUUCAAGUGUCCUGAUGAUCAGUAUGCCAACAUGGAGCAGGAUUUAUGUAUUCCUAAGCAUAUAACCUUCUUAUCUUAUGAAGAACCUCUGGGCAUCAGUUUUGUCAUUUGUGCUCUUUCAUUUUCCUUCACUGUGACUCUGAUACUCAGAGUGUUUAUGAAGCACCAUGACACUCCUAUAGUCAGAGCAAACAACCAGAACCUUACCUACACUCUUCUUAUCUCUCUCUUCCUCUGUUUCCUUUGCAUAUUGUUAUUCAUUGGCCAGCCUCAGAAGACAACAUGUCUUCUUCGUCAAACUGCCUUUGGCAUUAUUUUUGUAGUGGCUAUUUCUACUUUACUGGCAAAAACCAUUACAGUGGUUUUAGCAUUCAGAGGCACACAGCCAGGAUGCAAGAUCAAGAAGUGGAUGGGGAAAAAAAUGACCCAAGGCAUAGUUCUUUUUUGCUCCAUGCUUCAAGUAGGCAUUUGUCUUGUGUGGAUGGUAACCUGUCCCCCAGUGCCAGAGACUGAUGUGCAUUCAUUGAGAGAAGAAAUUGUGUUGCAAUGCAAUGAGUCGACAUCUGUAAUGUUUUACUGUGUAUUGGGCUACAUGGGCUUUCUGGCCUUUGCCAGCUUCACUGUGGCUUUUUUAGCUCGGAAGCUUCCAAAUAGGUUUAAUGAAGCCAAAUGUAUCACUUUCAGCAUGUUGGUGUUUUGCAGUGUUUGGCUAUCCUUUAUUCCCAGCUACUUAAGCACCAAGGGAAAAUCCAUGGUAGCUGUGGAAAUCUUCUCUAUCUUAACCUCCAGUGUUGGCUUGCUGGUUUGCUUCUUUUCCCCCAAAUGCUACAUUAUUUUGUUGAGACCUGAUCUGAACAAGAAGGAGCUCUUCUUAAAGAGAAAACACUGA